UAGAGUUAACGGCAUGGUUUUCCGACGGAAAUGAAAACUGAUGCGCAUAUGAAAACGUGUUUUGGAGAAGUGCAACGUAAAAGGGUCUGAUUUUCCAGAUUUGUUUGCUUUGUACAACUUGAUUUACGAAAUAUAUCUUUUAAAAUCAUUUUCAUGCAACGUUAUAUUUUAAUGUCGAACCUAAAUAAGUAGCUCUUAAAGAACAACAAGAAGAAGAAAGCAUGAAGAAGAAGCACGCUACGAAGAGCGAUGCCUCGGUUGCUGACGCCGCUAAGCCGAAGAAUUAUGUCGUCGGCCUGGUAUCAGACAGCCUGCCUGCAGAUCAGACUACAUCUGGGACGCUGUCCUCACUAUUCUCAGUCCCAACCACAAAGAACACACUGGUCUUCGUACCAGCACCAAAACCAGAACCCAAGGCCAGUCCCGUGAAACAGGAAGCAGGUUGUGCGCCAGGUGGAGGAGAAUCAGUAAAACAGAAGCAGACAAAACUAAAAUCAGCAGCUGAAAAGAAGCUGGAGGAAAGGGAAGAAGCCUUAAAUAACGCAGACACGGCCGAGGAGGAAAAAGGUCCAAAGAAGGUUAAGCGCAAAGCUCGGGAAGCAAACCAUGACCAAGAAACGCUGGAGGAGGAACUAGAAGCGAAAAGGCGUAAAGUUUCCAGGAACAAGGCCGAAGAGAGAAUUAAACUGAAAAGGACCGUAUUUGUUGGCAACCUGCCUGUUAACUGCUCAAAGAAGGAUUUAAAAAAGAUCUUUAAAGAUGUGGGAGCCAUCGAGUCCAUGCGCUUUCGCUCAGUUCUUCGGGAAGAUCCGACGAUGUCCCGUAAGGUCGCCGCUAUCCGACGCCAAGUCGACCCAAAAAAAACAAGCAUCAACGCCUAUGUGGUGUUCAAGGAUGAGGCCGGAGCAGCAAACGCCCUACAAAGGAAUGGUUUGGAGAUCGAGAAAGACUUUUACAUCAGAGUGGAUCGUGUUUCUAAGCACGGUGCACAUGACCAUAAGAGGUCCAUCUUUGUGGGCAACCUUCCAUAUGAUAUAAAGGAACUGCCUGUCCGCCAGCAUUUCGAGGAGUGUGGCCAAGUCGAGGCUGUGCGAUUGGUGAGGGACCGAAAUACUGGAGAAGGAAAAGGCUUCGGUUACAUUCUCUUUGAGAGCACAGACGCCGUCAUGUUAGCCCUGAAGCUGAACGGCUCCCAGCUGCUCGACAGAAAGAUCAGGGUGAAACGCUCGGUGAAGAAGGAGAAGGUGAAAAAGGAGAACGAGAAGCGAGGGAGAGGCCCAGCAGGGAGAAGAAAAGGACCACAGCAGGCAAACUUUAAAGGACCCAGGCGUGCCGAGAGCAGCAAACCCACAGGGAGACCGUUCAAGAAAAAUUUUGGGACAGGAAACAAAACAUCAACCUCCUUCGCGGGAAAUAUGGCAGAUCCCAUUUCCAAAAAGGGACCGAAAAGGAAAUUCAAACCGAAGAAAAAGUGUAAACCGGUUCACAUUUAAUCAUAUUCUUAAUGUUGGGAUCAGAGUUCGACUGAAAGGUAUCAGCAGAGACAUCAGCUUCAUCCAUCGUUUAUUUGUUUAAAAAAAAGAGACUCCAUUAUAUUAAUGACCUCAAUACGAGCAAAGACAAACACCUUCAGUGUACCACAGUGUCGGACAAAUAAUACACAAUAAAGUGAAAAGAAAAACAAAUGAAUUAAUAAAACUACGACAAAGCUGAAUUCAUUCGCUGUAGAACUCUAGAGAUUCACUACAAAUAGAGUUAAAUUAAAUAGUCUUGAGUUCAGGACUAGAGUACAGCCAAGUGAACUGAGCUUUGUGGUUCAGUCUCGGCACAUGUCUGGAAUUCUGUUUGCUUUAUUUUUUCAUCCAUGGCGCUCCCAAAUAAAAUUGACAUGAAAAUCUGAA